UGCCGCCGCAGGCGCGCGCCCCUCACCAGCAGCUGCAGGUCGGUCUGUCGGUCUGGGCGUGGGCUAGCCCUCACACUGCCCCGCGUGCCUGUGGGGCCGGGGGAGAAGAAAGCAAGGGGGAAUUUGACCGGAGCCCGUGAGGUUAGGGGGCGAGCAGCGUGCUCAGAUCCAGAAACGUUUCUUUUUGCCCCAAAUUCUAGCUUGGACUGGCUCCCGGCCGUGCUCGGAAACUGGAUCUGCCGUAUGCCCGAGUAGGGCCGGGCAGGGCCGAGCCCGGCCAGGGCAUGGGGCAGUCGGUAGGUUACCGAAGGAAGGGCUGGACAGCCGGUAAAAGCGGCGUAAAGCCCGGCGUCCGGCGUUGCCUCUGUCCCCGCUCCAAGCCGGGCUUUCUUUAUGGAGUAGACCGAAAAGCCACCGGGGACUUAUGUAGGGGCCUAGGCGUCCCUUCCUCGCCGGAAACCCCUCGUGCGGAUAGUUGAGUGGCAGCGGGGAAAUAAAACCAGGCUGCUGAGUUGUGUGCCGGCUUUAUAAGCCUUUAAGCAGAGGGGACUAAAACAAAACUAUACUUUCUCCAUAGCCAAGGCCCAUCUUUGGCUACAUACCCUUUUCAGCCUAGAUUCUUACUGCUGAAUUCUAGGUUUUUUCUGCUUUAAUCCAGGUUUUAUGAUUUGAGCAGUGGAGUGAUUGUAUUUUUUGCAGUUUGGAAGCAGAGGAAGCCUUUGGCUAAUGGUAACCGCGAUUAUAGAUUUUUAAAAGUUUAAAGGCCAUCUAACCCAACCCCUUCAUUUUACAGAUGAGGAAACUGAGGCACAGGAUAUGAUGGAGCUGCUGGAGGAAGACCUCACAUGCCCUAUUUGUUGCAGCUUGUUUGAUGAUCCCCGGGUUUUGCCCUGCUCUCACAAUUUCUGCAAAAAAUGCCUGGAAGGUAUCUUGGAGGGCAAUGUUCGUAAUAUGCUGUGGAGACAAUCCCCUUUCAAGUGCCCCACUUGCCGGAAGGAAACUUCAGCUACUGGAGUCAAUAGCCUGCAGGUCAAUUACUCCCUGAAGGGAAUCGUGGAAAAAUACAACAAGAUCAAAGUCUCUCCCAAAAUGCCUGUUUGUAAGGGUCAUGUAGGACAGCCCCUCAACAUCUUCUGCUUGACAGACAUGCAACUAAUCUGUGGGAUUUGUGCCACUCGUGGCAGCCAUACCAAGCAUGUCUUCUGCUCUAUUGAAGAUGCCUAUGCUCAGGAAAGGAGUGCCUUUGAGUCAUUGUUCCAAGGUUUUGAGACCUGGCGUAGGGGAGAUGCUCUUUCUCGCCUGGACACCUUAGAGUCAAGCAAGAGGAAAUCUCUUCAACUUUUGACUAAGGAUUCAGAUAAGGUGAAGGAGUUCUUUGAGAAACUGCAGCACACUUUAGAGCAGAAGAAGAAUGAGAUCCUGUCUGACUUUGAGACCAUGAAGUUAGCAGUCAUGCAGACCUAUGACCCAGAGAUCAAUAAGCUCAAUACAAUCUUGCAAGAGCAACGGAUGGCUUUUAACAUUGCAGAAGCCUUCAAGGAUGUAUCAGAACCCGUUGUAUUCCUACAGCAGAUGCAGGAAUUUAGGGAAAAAAUCAAAGUCAUCAAAGAGACCCCUUUACCUUCCUCUAAUUUGCCUGUUAACCCUAUAUUUAAGAACUUUGAUACUAGUCAAUGGGAGAGAAUAAAACUAGUAGAUGUGGACAAAAUGUCAUUGCCUCAAGAAAAUAUCCCAUUCACCAGCAAGAUUCCUUGGAGCUUUUAUCAGAUAUUUGUGGUGCUCUGUCUUGUUGGCCUUCUUGUUUACUUCACUCCUACAAUGUCCCUGGAUGGGACCUUAUUUGAUGAUUUCUCAGUUUGGAAAGCCCAUCUUUCCAGCUUCAGUUCCUGUUAUCUAACAGAAUCAGCAGAAAUUGCAGAUCAAGCAAUUUUGUAUUGGGAACAGGUGGUGGAUGGGGUUUUUGUUUUCAGUGAAAGGUUCAAGAAUUACACUUUGGUGUUGCUGAAUGGUAUGGCAGAAUUUGUUUGCAAAUAUAAGCUAUUAUAAAAAUCUGUUGCAAGUACACAAUCCUAUUUCUGUCUUUUGUAUCUAGCUGACAGAACUAACCUAUAAACCUGUGAAAAACAAAUUAAAAGACAUACUUGCUAAGAAUACAUUCUUUAAACUAGUGAGUGGCUUGGUUGGAUAGCUUCUGGUAGAGAUAUCUUUGUACAGAAGCAUUCCCAUGGAACCAAUAUUCUGUGCAUGUGUAUACUGUUCAAUAUGAUGGAAUCUUGAAGUAUCAUUUUUCCUCAGUGUUUUUUUAAGCAAGCUUCUCCCUCUCCCAACUUGGUUUUUGUUCAGGCUGUGACAAAAAUGGAAAACACAAUGGAAAAAAAAAUGUGAUCUAUAACACUUUGUACAAAUUGACUACAUUAGUAUAAAUUAUUUCACAAUCAUACAAUAGAGAUUGUGCUUGGAAAGUGGUAUUUUUUUCUAUUGAUAUCUCCCAGAAUAAGACAUUUAGAAACGCUAAACUCAGUUGAUUUUCCUUUAAAAAAAAAAAAAAAAAAUCUAAUGAUGGUCCAAUAUUGAAUCUUUAUAUUAACUAAAAUAAUUGGGUUACAUUUUUUGGAUGGGAUAUAGUAGUAUUUUCAGCUUACUUCCUUCCCUCUUCUCCCCCACCUUAAUAAUGUUAUCCUUGAGGUAUUCUGCUCUAUUCUUAAUGAUCUCUAAAUAUCAGAGGCCAUAUGGUUUAGAAAUAUACUUGAAAAUGUUAGAUUUGUGAUAUAUUAAUUUUAGAUUAUUUUUUAAAAAUAGCCUUUUUACCUUUGCAAUGACCCACAGUACUUAAAAAAAGUUGCAAGUUUCUGUAGUUAAAUAUGGGAAAUUGUUUUUACUUGUUUCCGUUGGAUCAGAACUCUGCAGGUAUAGAUGAAAGUAAGAAAUAACCCUAACAUAUGGCAGGAAGAACUCUCUCUGUCUCUCUCUCUCUCUCUUUCUGUCUGUCUCUCUCUCAUUUGUGUUCUAAUUGGAGCUAAAAUAUAAAGGCAGCUGAACUACUAAGUGAACCCUUAUACUUAAGGGAAUAGCUUUAUUCUUGAAGGACUCUUCAAAUCUAAAAUUUUGUGAUUCUGGACAGGAGAGUAAGAGAAGGGAAGUCAAAUUAAGAAGCUGGUGGAAUUGCAGACUUUUAUUUAGACAUAGCUUAAAG